AUGUCGCAAAAAGAAUCUGAGAUCGACAUCCAAGAAGCUCACUCAUCGAGCGGCUCCCCUUCUAAGCAUGAGGGUGUUGAUGACAGUCAUGGCGGCCGACUUACGCGGCUGCAGCCUUCUCACGAGAUGUUGUAUCCAUCCGCCUUCAGGGUGGGCAUGACGAUCUUUGCCCUCUUGAUCGCCGUUUUGUGUGUGGCCCUCGACAGCACCAUCCUCUCGACCGCGAUACCAAGGAUCACAGAUGAGUUCCACGACCUUCGUGACAUCGGUUGGUACGGUUCUGCUUAUCUUCUCACAAAGUGUGCGUUCCAAUUAUUCUUCGGGAAGGUCUACAAGACCUGUCGUCUGAAGCACACUUUUCUUGCCGCGCUGUUACUCUUUGAGGUUGGCUCGGUUGUCUGCGCCACUGCACCAACAUCGGAGGCAUUGAUCAUCGGGCGAGCUGUUGCCGGGAUCGGCAGUGCCGGCGUGACGGGCGGCUCCUUCAUCAUCAUCGCGCAUAUUGCGCCAAUGGACAAGCGGCCCACGUACCAGAGCCUGACUGGGGGCAUGUUUGGUGUGGCCUCAAUAGUUGCUCCCUUGGUCGGAGGGGCCUUGACGGACCGUGUCAGUUGGCGAUGGUGUUUUUGGAUCAACCUGCCACUCGGAGCCGUGACUGCAUUGGUCAUCGUUUUCGUCCUACGGCUUCCGCCAAAGGACCGCCCAACCAAGAAUGAGGGCCUCCUGAGAGUGCUAUGGGGCCUGGACCCCCUUGGAUUCAUGACAUUUGUACCGAGUAUCAUCUGUCUGCUCCUAGCUCUCGAGUGGGGCGGCACGACCUACGCCUGGCAAAGCGGUCAAAUCAUAUCUCUUUUUGUUGUGUUUGGGGUUACACUCCUCGUCUUUGUUGGUAUUCAGGUCUGGCUCGAUGAAACGGCAACCAGGUCAUUCUUCAUCGUUGUAUACUUCCUCCCGAUCUACUUCCAAGCCGUCAAGGGCGCUUCAGCCCUCCAGUCGGGAAUUGACACCAUCCCUCUGGUCGUCAGUCAGGUAUUGGCUAUAAUCAUGGUAGGCGUCCUCACCAGCAAGAUUGGAUACUAUAUGCCAUUCAUCUAUGUUUCGGUGGUUGUCUCAGCUGUUGGUUCGGGCCUGUUGAUUACGCUCUCUUCCGACACAAGUACUGCCCGGUGGAUAGGCUACCAAAUAUUGUACGGGUUUGGCAGCGGGUGUGGGUUUCAAGUUCCCCAGGUUGCCGCUCAGACUGUGUUACCCUUCAAGGAUAUACCAACUGGUAUUGCCAUCACUUUGUUUUUUCAAAGUCUCGGUGGCUCAAUCUUUGUCAGCGUAGGGAACAACGUUCUCAAUGAUAAGCUGGCACGUAACAUCGUUUCGCUCGAGCUUCCAGGCGUGGAUGCAGAGCAGGUUAUUCAAGCAGGUGCAACUGCGUGGCACAAAGUCGUGCCGGUGCAGUAUCUUGGCGUUGUGACGGACGCGUACAACCAAGCCCUCAGACAGACAUUCCUGAUCGGGUUGAUCACGGCGUGCUUGGGUUGCAUUGGGGCUGCUUUCAUGGAGUGGGAGAGCGUCAAGUCUCGGCCGAAAGUCCCUGCAGGAAAUGGCGAUCAGAAUAAGAAAGGAGCUGCCUGA